CAUGAAGCUUCGUCUUUCUUCAUCGUUGCCGCGCGUCAGGCCUUUUGUCGCUUUUUCCUUCGUUUCUUCGUCGACUAACUAACUACUGGUCGCCUUGACGUUUUGUUCACUCAUUUGUGUCUCUGUUUUGACAUUAUACCCUUGCUUUUUUGAGGCUUGUCUGCAUUUCGGAGAAGCGUGUUGGCAGCGUUCCGAUUUCCAGUUGGGUAUCUUCUUGUCCGUCUUUAGAGCGGGGGUCGAGCACAUGAGUAUCGGGCAUGUUUCGCGUGGGCUUCGCCGAUGCUUUCAGUAAAGGCGCUCUGCUGCUUCUCUUGACUAUCGUUGUUGCAAGUUGCUAUAGAGAUUACUUCUUAGAUACCCGUGAUCCGUAUAAGUGUGAUGCCCUCCUCAAUCAAGGCCAGUGGCUCGAAAGCCCAGACAACAAACCGUAUACGAAGUGGCAGCCGUCGGGUUGCAUGUUCCACCAAUACUCAGCGCCAGAAAUAGCAGAAUGCAGUCAGGACGGUGACAUAACCAUUGUUGGAGACUCUACGGUUCGACAGAUCUUCUGGGCGCUGGCGAGAAAAAUAGAAGACGACGAGGGAUGGGUAGAAGAGGAAAGAAACAAGCCGGAUAACCAUGGGGACUUGGAGUACUCGAAGGGUGGGGUCCAUUUGAAGUUCAUCUGGGAUCCGUGGCUGAACUCCACGGCCAUGUUCCGUGAAUUGACUUUGCUGGAGGGCGGGGUGGUAAACGAAACAAUCGUGAACGACAAUGUUCCAUCCAAUGGGUCAUACCUGGAAACUGGACCCCGCAGACCCGUUACUAUGUUAAUAGGAGGUGGACUGUGGUACGCACGGCACAUGGAAAAUACAUCUAUCGAGGCGUAUUCACAAUCGAUUGACCGGAUCUCUUUGGCACACGACUUCUCGGACUUGCGGACGUUGCCUCAAUCUACGGAGGGCGUGGGCCCUCAAGUCUUCAUUGCACCUGUAAUCGAGCCUUUGUAUUACAUGCUAAGCCCAGCCCGCCAGAGCACCAUCACUCCGGAGAAGAUCAGUGCCAUGAACGAAUACCUAGGUCUUCUCUCGAGAGCAGGAUUGAACGUCGUCUGGAGCUACGCGAAGAUGAUGAAAGAUCAGCCGGCAGCCUACAGCAUGAGUGGACUUCACGUCAUGGAUCCAGUUGCGACCAGGAUGACUGAUGUCUUGCUUAACCUCCGGUGCAAUGGCAAAGCGACACAACAUUUGACAUACCCAGUAAAUAAGACGUGCUGUAGUAGCUACAGCUCUCCAAGAUGGCUUUACUUCAUCCCGACAUUCACUCUCCUUGCCCGCCUGGGGUCCAUUGUUUUAUCUAAGUCCCGCCAUUCUGCUCUCUCUGACUCUGGAAAGGGGUCGUUGCAAGGGGUCACGAUUGCAAUUCGAGAUCUCCUCGUUGUGCUUUUUUUUUGCGUGUUGGCCGAUAGGACGCAUACGCUCGACAAAAUUCCCGGCGUUUACUCGACGCUGGAUUAUCGGAUACUACUGGGAACUAUCACUCUUGCCUGUCUAUUCACAAUUUAUCGUGAACCAUCUUCUCCGCCGGAUUCUCAGGAACGACGUUUAUCAGAGUUCUCUGGAGGCCCGCGGACCGAGCAUCAAUUUCUACCACGGAUCCAAGGAGACGAGAUUAGGGGAUUCAUGCAGAUCUUUAUCCUUAUAUACGGCUUUCUCGGGGCCAGUGAUGUACUCGACCUGUACGAGCUAUUCCGGGUAUGUUUCGCUAUGUAUCUGUUCCUGCUUGGAUAUGGCCACACGAUGUACUUCUUGCAAAAGAGGGACUUUUCUUUUGAUCGAGUUGCAAUCGUGCUCGUCCGGAUGAAUCUACUCGCCGUCUGCCUCUCAUUCGUCAUGAGCCGCCCUUACCUGUCAUACUACUGGGCGCCACUAGUCAGCUUCUGGUUCUUUGUGGUUUAUGUUACCAUGCGUGUAGUACAUUAUCGGAACGAUUCAGUGGCGUUUCUUGUCGCCAAAAUAUUCGUCUCUGCCUUGGCCGUUACUGUAGUAGUAUAUGUGAAGGGUCCUCUACACCUAGUAUGGCUUAUGCUCAAGGUAUUCUUCCGAACGGAUUUCGUCAUAGACGACUGGAGAGGCCAUGUUGGAACCGAGACGUAUAUCGUUUUCGUUGGCAUGCUAGCCGCUGUGAUUGCUUUCCAGAUCGUGGGCAUGUUCGAGACACCGCCAGCACAGCGAAGCCUCUCGGUCGAAGUCCUCGUGGACUGCUUUGACACUUUCCGACGCCUCUUCGUCUUCUGCGCCCUUAUCAUUGGACCCCUCUUCUGGAUAACAGCCCAGUCACAUACAAAGAAGAAAGACUACGAUUGGUUCAUGCCGUUCCUCUCAUGGAUGCCGGUGGUGUCCAUUGUAAUAUUGCGGAACUCGUUGCAAUUUCUGAGGACCCGCCACUGUAGAGCGUUUGCCUGGGUAGGGCGGAUGUCACUCGAGUUGCACCUCCUUUCUCAGCAUAUAUUCCUCGCCGCAGAUGGGCACGGAACGCUUAGUCUAGGACUCGGGGGUGAGAAAUUGACGGUUUUGAUGGGCAGGUGGAAAGAGCUUGUGCUGUUGGCUCCGAUACUAGUUUGGUGUGCGUGGAAAGUGUCAAAAGGCACAAAGGUCUUGACUGCCAGCAUCACUGGACACGCUGGGGAUGAGAAAGGGAACUCGCAAGCUAGAAGUGCUGACCAUGACAAUGAACUCCCGAUACCGAGUACGCAAGGAGCCAUGAGGCAAGAUGGAAUCAGCAGUAAGCUCCGUUCGAAAAGGACGCUGAUAGUGCUGAUGUUGGCCAUUUGGGUGGCCAAAUUAUGUACAUGAACAAAACACACCUCUUCCUCACAGACCUCACAGAAUAUGUUACAUAUUAGUAAUUCGAUACAUGCAAGAUUCCAUGAUCGACCUUGUUGGGGCCUAGCGCGCG